GCCCGGGUCCCUGUAAAGAUGUCUGAGCAGGCGGGGAGGGAGCGAAGCGGAGGACCCGAAAGCAGCAGGCACAACCCACAGCUGUCCGCUUUUAACCACUUCAGCCCUCCAGGUACGUCCAUGUCCUUCUGAGCAGUUGAGAUGUCCAGUGACAGUCAGGGGUCUGUGAAGGGGGAGGCCACCAUGAUGAUGUCUCCUUCAGGCUCCGCCUCCUCUCAGGGACCGCCCCUUUCUCCUACAGCAGCUUCCAAAUCACCUGAGCUCCCAGACGAGCUGGUCCAGGCUGGGUGGUCCAAGUGCUGGUCUAGGAGGGAGAACCGGCCGUAUUACUUCAACCGGUUCACCAAUCAGAGCCUGUGGGAGGUGCCGGUGCUCGGUCAGCACGACGUCAUUUCCGAUCCUUUGGGCCUGAACGCGGCUCCGGCAGAGGGUGGAGACGGUAACCUUGGUAAUGGCCAGAGGAAGAGGCGGAGCUCCGAGGAGCAGGGGGCGGGGCCCAACAGUUUGAAGCGUGCUAAGGUGGAACCCACCACACCCAUCUCUCCCAGUGCCCCCGGGGUCAAACCCUGGGGCCCCACCCCCGAAGACAAACAGGCCCCCCCAGCCACGCCCACAACACCCAGCCCCGCCCCCGCCCCGUACAGACCGGCAGUGACCUACUGGGACCUGGACAUCCAGACCAACGCGGUGGUCAGGGAGCACCCCCCUGCCCCCCACCUGCCCCCCCACCCGGAGAUCGAGCUGCAGAGAGCCCAGCUGGUCACCAAGCUGAGGCAGCACUACCACGAGCUCUGCCACCAGAGAGAAGGCAUCGACCCGCCUCGGGAGUCCUUCAACCGCUGGCUGCUGGAGAGGAAGGUGGUGGACAAAGGUCACGACCCUCUGCUGCCCAGUGACUGUGAGCCGGUCAUCUCCCCGUCCAUGUUCAGAGAGGUGAUGAAUGACAUCCCCAUCAGGUUGUCCCGUAUCAAGUACAAAGAGGAGGCCCGGAAGCUGCUGUUUAAAUAUGCUGAAGCAGCCAAAAAGAUGAUUGACUCCAGGAACGCCAGCCCAGAGAGCAGGAAGGUGGUGAAGUGGAACGCAGAGGACACCAUGAGCUGGCUGCGCCGGGACCACUCGGCCAGCAAGGAGGACUACAUGGACCGGCUGGAGCACCUGAGGCAGCAGUGCGGUCCUCACGUCGCCGCCGUGGCCAAAGACUCGGUGGAGGGAAUAUGCUCCAAAAUCUACCAGCUGUCGGUGGAGUACAGCCGCCGCCUGCGCCACACACACCUGGGUCUGCUGCAGGACCCGCCCACAGAGGUGUGUGAAUCGUCGCCGCAGUCUCGCCUGGUCUACUGUUACCCCGUCCGUCUGUCCAUCCCCUCGCCGCCGCUCCCCCGAGUGGAGCUGCACUUCGAAAACGACAUGGCCUGUUUACGCUUCAAAGGAGAGAUGGUCAAAGUCAACAGAGGACACUUCAGCAAGCUGGAGCUGCUGUACAGGUACAGCUGUAUAGACGACCCUCGCUUCGAGAAGUUCCUGUCCAGAGUCUGGUGCCUCCUCAAGAGAUACCAGGUGAUGUUCGGUGGUGGUGCUAAUGAGGGAACAGGCCUGCAGGGGGCGCUGCCGGUGUCUGUGUUCGAGGCGUUGAACCGGCAGUUUGGAGUUUCCUUCGAGUGUUUCGCGUCUCCGCUCAACUGCUACUUCAAGCAGUUCUGCUCCGCCUUCCCCGACACCGACGGCUUCUUCGGCUCCAGAGGGCCGUUCCUGUCCUUCUGUCCGGCCAGCGGCUCGUUUGAGGCCAACCCGCCGUUCUGCGAGGAGCUGAUGGACGCCAUGGUGACGCACUUCGAGGACCUGUUGGACCGGUCUUCGGAGCCGCUGUCGUUCAUCGUCUUCAUCCCUGAAUGGCGCGACCCCGUGACCCCGGCCCUGACCCGCAUGGAGGGGAGUCGCUUUCUCCGCCACCAGCUGAGCGUCCCGGCCUACGAGCACGAGUACCGGUCCGGGAGCCAGCACCUCUGUAAGAGGGAGGACAUGUACUACCGGGCGGUCCACGGGACGGCGGUUCUCUUCCUGCAGAACGACGCCGGCUUCGUCAAGUGGCCUCCGACCGCGGAGCGUCUGUCCCAGCUGACGGCGGCUUACCGCCCGUCUCUGUUGAGGUCCUCAAGUCUGUCCUCACCUGGCCCCGCCCACAUUGUCCCCGGAGACAGAGACUCCGCCCUCAAACCCUCUGACAGGAAUUCCGGCGGCGUGACGUCUCCCGGCGACCAUGACAACAACAACAAUGGCGGUGGCGGCAGUAGCAGCAGUCCUCGAGAAAAGGUUGCCACCAUGUAGAAAAGGGCGGAGCUUGUGGUGACUCCGCCCUCACCUGUGGAACAGGUGCUUCAUUUGUGUGUUUUUCCUUGGAUUGUCCCUCACCAGCACCUGUAGCACAUCCUCACUUCAAACCCGCGAUGCUUUCCUGCCGCCAGGGGCGUGGCCUCGGCAAACUCUGCCAUCCCAUUGGCUGUUACGAGGUCCCUCCUUUUAGCGCGGCUGCUGUCGGCGCCUGUGAUUGGUUGGCGUCCUGAAGGUAGCUUUGCAUUGAGAAUGAGAAGCGGCGACAACCAGCAGACACCAGGACGCCAGACACUUUCUGAUUGGUCUCCAUGACAACGGGCUCCGUGAUUGGUCGAUAAGGCAGCUAUUGUUUCUAUUGAACUGUUCCUGCUUGUGGCCCCGCCCCCUGAGGCAGGUGAGCCAGUGUUUGCGACCUGUGGUCGUGGAGGAGGGACGAGCAUGGAGGGGGCGGGGCCGGUGAGGGAGCACAGGCUCCUGAUUGGUCGUUCAGAGGGGUGGCGCUGCAGUUGGUCUCUGGGCUGCGUCUUUAUAGUUCUCAUCUCAGAACAAAGUUUUCUAAAAAAAAAAAAUUAAAUAACUUUUUUUGCUUUACUUUUUUUUACUUUAGUUUUUUUUCGUAUAUUUUUGUAAAUGUAAAAUAUUUAGUAACUAUUUAUCGUUUUGAGUCUUUCCCUCAGACCGGACCGGGUUGUUGGACAACAGCAGCGUUUGGACCAACUGUGCUUUUCCCACAGGUGGACAUCUUGCAGCUGAUUGGCUGCUGCCUGUCCCAUCAGGCGUGUCUUCAUGUAGAUAUUGUACAGUCUGUCUGUCUCCGUCUCUCUGGUUUAAUUUAACGUUCUGAAGAUGUUUGAACGGAACCAAAGUCAUGAAGAAGAAAUUUAUCUGGAACAUGAAACUCAGCUGGACCCUCCACCUCACACCCCCGUCCCUGUCCCUGUCCCUGACCCUGACCCUCUGUCCCCGUCCCCGUCCCCCUGACCCCAUCCCUGACCCUCUGAUCCUCCACCUUACACCUGUCUGUCAGGCUGCUUGUUUCUAUGGAAACACCGACUCCGCCCACAGCUCCUCCAGCCUUGGUGUAUUAGCAGUUCUGUGUGUGUGUGUGGGGGUGGAGGGGUGGGGGGGGGUGGA